CUUCAAAAACAACAACAAAAAUGGAGUCGUCAGCAGAUGUACAGGCUAAGAAAACUGAAGUAGCAGUUAAUGAAGACAAGAUUACUAAUUCUCGAGGACAGAAACUUUACUGCAAGUACUGGAACAACGACAAACAGACUACAGAAUCUCAAAAUAGGGAUUAUAGAGGAUUGGUAUUUGUAGCGCAUGGCUUAGCUGAACAUUGCUUAUUUUACAAGGAGAUUGCAGAACUUCUCAUCGGCAAGGGGUUUUAUGUAUUUGCUCAUGAUCAUGCUGGUCAUGGCCAGAGUGAUGGACCAAGGUCUCACAUUGACACUUUUGAUAACUAUGUAGAAGAUGUUUUUCAACACAUAGAUCAAGUGAAAGAGAAAUUCCCUGAAAAAACACCAGUUUUUCUCAUUGGUCAUUCAAUGGGCGGGGCUAUUAGUGUUCUGUCAGCCAUGGCAAGACCACAGUAUUUCACUGGUGUGAUAUUAAUAGGACCAGCCAUUCAACCAAGUCCUGGGGCAAUAUCACCCAUCAAGAUGAUGGCAGGCAAAUUGGUGGCUAGAAUUUUUCCACAAAUGUGCAUUGAAAAGCUGAAAACAAAGGAUUUAUCAAGAGAUCCUGAAGUGGUAAAUGAAUAUGAAAGUGACCCUCUAGUUUUUCAUGAUGGACUCAAGGCAAAAUGGGGCUUAGAAAUGCUAAAGGCAUUCGAUGUUAUGAAAGCAGGGUUGUCCAAGGUAGAAUGGCCAUUCCUGGCUUUACACGGAGACCAGGAUAAAUUGUGUGCAGUUGAGGGUUCACAGGCACUGCAUGAUGAAGCACAGAGCAAAGACAAGCAAAUUAAGAUCUACAAAGGUUUUUACCACCAGAUACACAGGGAACCGAGAGAAGAUCGUGACAUCGUUCUGAAAGACAUAGUUGACUGGAUGGAUAAGAGGGCAUAAGACCACAGUGACUUUCAAAAUGGGACCAAACAAGAAGUAUACAAAAAUGGCAUAGAACGACCGUUUUUACUCUAAAGAUGGGACCAAACAAGAAGUAUACAAAAAAUGGCAUAGAACGACCGUUUUUACUCUAAAGAUGGGACCAAACAAGAAGUAUACAAAAUGGCAUAGAACGAACGUUUUUACUCUAAAGAUGGGACCAAACAAGAAGUAUACAAAAAAUGGCAUAGAACGACCGUUUUUACUCUAAAGAUGGGACCAACAUGAGAAUUUUUUUAACCAGAAAAAUUUGUUAAAACCAAUGAUCUGAUUUAACAUAAAUUAACCUAGUUACUCAAUAUUAUGAAUGUUUUGGAAGAUCUAUCUGACUCAUCCUGUUUUAGAUGGACUUAAUUUUAGUUGGAAUUUUUGUGUUAUAUUGUUUGCAUGUAUUGUAUUGUUAUAUUUUCACAUUCAUUUAGUUUUAAUCAUUCUAUCAUUUAAGGGUUUUGUAUUUAUACAUAUAAAUAAGAAACUAUUUAUUGUGAUAUAUGCAGUUCUAAACCAGAAGGACUAUUUCAUUAUGGAUUGCAUAAUUAUGAUUUUGUUUUUGAUUGUUGAUUUUAUGAUUUGAUUUUAUGAGUUGACGAUGUGAAAUCUUUGUUCUCAAGUACAUUUUUUCAAAAAUUUCCAAUAGUACAUUUAAGGUGUUAAACAUCAGAGGCUGCUAAGUUUUGCUGCUGUUUUCUCAUAAUUUGAAAUACCAAAAGUAGAACAACCUAUGGUGAUGAAUUCACUUACAGAAUUAACCAAACUGAGUCUCGUACAUGUAUAAUUUCCAUAAUGCUGAAAAUAUAUUUUAACUGAAAUUAUCACAUUAUUUCAUUAGUAAUGCAUGAGUAUUAGUUUACAGACUAUAAUGUAGUAUUACACUAUAUUAAUACAUGUACUUGUAAAUAUGUAUUUCAAAAGUUUGACUUUAUUUGUUUUAAUGCAUAAUGAGUGUUUUUUGUGUUUUAAAAGUGAUAUUGUACCUUGUGAAAGUCUUUAAUGAUGUGACCAUAUUUUCAGGUGCUGUUAAACAGCCACCUUAAGCAAUCCUUGCCAAAUUUCGCUAGUAACAAAUUCAUUCGGAACUCUCAGUGGAAUCAAAAUGUCACUUAUUUCUAUGAUAAAUCCCGAUGAGUUCAGAAUGGGACCGGAAAUAAUUCUUCCCAAAAAAACUAACAACACACUAGACAAUGAUAUCCCUUCCGCAAAGUAUUUGUUUGUGAUUAAGUCAUAAUAUUCACGCUUUUAUAUAUUUGAAGACAUCUGUUUAAGAUUAAUAAAUUGAAAAAAAAUCAGUUAAAAUUCUACACAAUGACCUGUUUUAUCCCUGAGUAUUCCAAACUACUUUUCUGUGCAAAUUAUUACGCUUGCUUCAUGGUUUGUGCGAGGGGAUAAACUACUAUACACUCUAGUUGAUGCAACAUUGGAAAGUCGCCUCAAACUCUUGGGUUGAUAAAAUUGGCCCUCACUUGAUUAUUUUUACAUUUGAUACUUAAAAUGAAAGUAAAAUACUUGUGACUGGUUCAUCAUUUCCUAGAAAUAGGCCACACAAAAAUGACCAUACUGGUUGAAGUGAUUAUGAGGCAAAACUUAACGUUAGAUUAUUUCCAAAACAGAGAUUCUGAUAGCAAUAAAAUGUGUGCAUGUUUUAAAUCAGUCUAGUAGUGAAGUGCUUGUACAAAGUAUAUAAUAGAAUGUGUGAUUCAACAAGUCACCAGAACAGAUAAGGUAGGCCCAUUCAUCGGGAAAAAAAUAAAUUUCCGAGAUAAGUAAAUUCUAACAAAAGUUGUUACAUAUCUAAUUAUGAUACAGAUAAGUUAAUACAUGUAGAGGGGAAAAAAGCAGUAAAUUGAGUACAAUUUAAAAAUUUAGGAACCGAAAUAUACUGGGAGAGUAAUUCACAGGAAUCAUAUUUGCAAUGUGGUUUAUCAAGAAAUAUGAUAGGCAUCACGGAUUAACUGGUCUAAGAAUUAAACUUACUUAUACAUGUAGUAUGCCAAUGCAAGCGAGGUGUAAAGAAGUAAUUCUUCACAGUUCAUCACAACUUUAAUGCAACCACAGCCUUUUUAAAGUAAAAAAAUCCUUACAUAGGAUAAUCAUCAGUAAAACAUCCAGGAAUGUACUUAUAAAAAAACAACUUAAAUGUCUUCCUAUUUCCUGCCAUUUUAUAUUCAUAUGUUACUUUUCUCCUUUAUUUCAAUCCCUCAAGCACAAGCACCUAUGAGUAGCCUUGGCACUUUGCUUGAACAGUUCUCCAUUUAUUUAAAGUUUGGGAUGUGUAUUGUUUAAAGUUUGGGAUGUGUAUUGAACUGAUUUUAACCCACCAUCAUCAGAUAACCAGAUAGUGGUCUGGUCGAAUCAACCUUUGUCUGUGAUCCAUCUGUAAACAAGCUUGGUUACCACAAUUUCUUGAGAAAGUACUUAACAGAUAUAUCUUCAGUAUCAUGUAGGGUUCCUCUUUUUCCCACAAGUUGUGCAUGUUCAAUUUUAGGAUUGAUCAGAACACAAGAUGGCCAACAGGUGACCAUUUUGAAUUUUGACAGUCAAAAGUUAAAGUCAUCGCUCUUUCUCAGAUGUAUAUUCCCUUUGAUCCUUAGUUAUGUUUGUUCAAUUUUGUGACUGAACAGAAAAUUAUUCAUUUUUGCUAUUUCCCGGGAGGUAUUUUAUGAAUUUUUUUUCUCUUGAAAUUACAUAUUUAGGAUCUUUAGAUGGACAAUAAGAUUUCUCCUUUACAGCAACUACAACUUUUUAAUACUUUACUUUAAAAUAUUUUUAUUUCACUAUACAAACAACAGUGCACAGUGAUAGGUGAUAGUUAAUUCUAUCAAGACUUUAUAUUAAAAUAAUUUGAAGGAGUUUUAAUGACAAAUUUCAAUACAAUUAAGAUAUUAUUGAUAUUAAAAGAACAAGUGUAGACCUUUAUUGUAGGUAAAAUCAUUUAAAAUUACCUCAUAGUUAUUAAUGCACAUUUUUCUCAUUUUGAUAUUUAUUGUUUUUAAGGAAUAAAGGAGCAGGAUAUUUUUACACCGGUUUCAUUUUUAGCAUUUGUUUAACCUUUAUUUUUGCUUGUUUUUAUAUAUUGUCAUGUUCAUAUCUGUUUAAUUUACAUAUUUGUUGCCGAUAUGCAAACUUUAGUAUUUGCUUUGGCGGUUAAUAUUAUGAGUAUUCUUGAAGACCAUUGGCAAAUCUUACAGAAUUAAAUUGAGUGAAGUCUUGAUUUUAAAAUGUGCAAUUUAUCAGUGAUUAUUUCAAAGCUUGAGUUGAUUUUAAAAUGUGCAAUUUAUCAGUGAUUAUUUCAAAGCUUGAGGAUGUUUCAUAGCACCUUUUAGCAGGUCUUUGUUUACACUGGAAUCUGAUACAAAUAUAAUAUGGAAAGUUGAGAAAGUACAGAAUGAAAGGGUAAAAAACGUUUUGUUAAGUACAAAAUAAAGAUUGAAGAUAGAUGACUAACUUUUUCAGGAAGAAAUUAACUACAAGUGUAGUGUUAUGUUUGUGUUAAUCAGAACUCCACAACAUGCAUUUGGUAUUUUUUUUAGUAAUCUUUUUACUUCUCAUUUAAAUAUUUUAUGAUUAGGUUUCUUAAAGUUUUAUGAUUGCAUGAUAUUUUAAAUGAUUUGUAUACACCUUUUUAGAAUACUUCUCAUAUCUAGCUAACAAUGUAAAUAUUACAUGAUUAGGGUUUUGUAUAGUUGUAUGAUUGCAUGAUACUUUAAAUGUUUUGUAUAGUCUUAUGAUUUCAUAUUUUAUACUCUCGUGGUACAUGUAGUUGUUUACAUCUUUUUAGGAUGUAUUGAUGUCAAGUUUCUUUUUUCCAGUGCAUUGUUUUUCACUUUUACAGAAUGAUGCUCAAACACUGAAUUACCGGUAUACACAUGUAAUUGUCUUCUGCUGAAACUUAUCUUUAUCACAGGAGCCUAUGAAAAGGUGUGGGGUCACCUGCUCGACCCGUGUGCUCCGGUUUCUUCCCACAGUAAGACCCCUUGCACGCUUCUGUCCGGGCUAACAAGCGUGAUUGAUAUAAGUUAAUAUAACUUGUUUCGCAAUUGUUGUGAGAUAAAGUUUACAUGAGCCUAUGAUUAUGGUCGUUUUACAUAAGCAGGCAACUGGUCAGAAUUUUGGAGCCUGCAAUUAUGGUUAGUUUUAGCAGACUUAUGUGAUGUUUUGAAAAAUAUGCUGAUAUUGUUUAAACGACUGUUAUUGCUGUUAAUAAUUUGAUUAUUUUUCGUGGCAAACUUAAUUAAAAAUUCUGAAAAACUCACUAUAUAACAAUUGCAACUUAUUUAUAGAUAAUAAUCAAAGUGUUGGAAUUUCAUUCUUAUUUAAACUUCAGUCUAAAUUAGUAUUUCCCCUGCAUUACAUAACAUCAUUACAUUUAAAUAGUGACUCAUUAUAAAAAUUUCUAGCUUUCAUAUUUUUGCACAAAGUUAACAUGUAGGCUUUUAUCAAGUUUUUUCCGGUAUAAAUAUGGAAUUGUGUUUUAAGUACCAAAAUCACAUUUGUUAUUACUUAUAAUAAAGAUUGGCUUUUGUGUCCCCAAUUAAGAUUAACAUUUCAAAAUGGCUUCUGUGGCCUCUGAAUGACCAAGAAAGUUACAACUAGGAUUUCAAUAAAUACAAAUGAAGUUGAUAUACUCUACAUUUUCAGGUCAACAUCAGGAUAAUCAAGUGUUAUAUUUUUGUCCAUUCCACUUUGUCUUCAAGUCUGAAGUUUUCACAUUUGAUAUUCAUCAAUUUUUGUGUUGUAUGUCACUAUUUAAAAUCUUGCUCCUCGUGAAAGUAAAUUUUUAGUUUCAUUAAGUAAUUGAAAAUUUUGCAAAUGUUUCACAAAAUCUUUAAAUUAUUCCUUUGUUUGUUUAUAUCAAAGCAAGAUAGUCUCUGGUUUGGUUGUAAUAAUACAUGUGUGGUUUCGUCAUAUAUAUAUAUACACUUACUAUAUUGUGAAAUUGGGUAUACUGUAUUUAUUGUAUGUCACCUAUCAGGUUCUAUAUGAUUCUAAAAACGUGGUUUUGAAGUUCAUACUAGUUGUUUGUGAUCUAGUUUGUGUGUUUUAUUUUUAUGUCUUAUCUGUUUUAUAUGGAUUCCAUUUUUUUUCUUAUUUAUUUGCAGCUUUUAUUUAAAAAAAGAACAACAGCUGGUAAUUGCAAUGAGAAAGUCACAAACACAUUGUCUCCUGAGGUCAUAGAAUUCUUAGUGCCAGUCUGUAAGCUAGUUACAUUUGUUAUUUGUUUUACAUCAGCUUUUACUUCAUUUUGUUUUUUGAGAAUUACAAUGUGUAAAUUUAUUGAUAUGUAACCUGGCACAUCCUUAUUAAAUGACCCUGGCUGUUAAUAGGAUGUUAAACGAAAUAAACCUAAAUGUAAUGGUUCGGGUUUGUUUGAAUAAACGACCUUCACAUUUUUCCUAUCAAAAAGUUCAAAUGACAACAGCAAGCUUCACAUGCUCAACCAAUUUUCUGGUUCCUUCAUAUUAAUCAUACAUUUCCCUACAACAUGGCUCAUAAAUAACACAUUGCUAACAUUGUAAUUGAAAUUUUACAUUAUCAAACGGUUUGUAUGACUGAGAAGGGAUGAAAAUUUGGUUGCGUAUCAGCAUUUGAUUGUCAUUGAAGUUUGAAAUCUGAUGCAAAAUUUUCAGUUAAAAUAGUCAAAAAUCAGAAUUAGGGAUUCCAAUACAUAUACCAUUAUAUUGAUAAAUAAGGCACAUAUAUAAACUUACCUUUAUUAUAAUUAUUAGAGUGUUACCCCUACAAUGUACUGUAUCCAAUGUUCCAGUAUCGUAUAAAAUUAUGCUACACAGGACAUUAACAUAUAUAAAAUUCAUCAAAUACACAAUGUGUUCAGUAUCCAGUACCAGCCUUAUUAGAGUUUAGAAUACAUGCCAUAAUUAGUUUUAUUUUACCGUGUGAUUAAAUGGAUGCAUAUUUUGAUAAUAUAUAUAUUGUUGUAUUAUCAUUAAAUAUAUAGAAUUUUACAUCUUUUAUUCACUUACACAAUGUAUGCUUGCCUUAUAUAGCAGAAUGUAUUGUAUCUUAUGAAUGUUAAUAAAUUUUUAUGGGUUAAUCCUU